UCAGGUCAUGCGCAUGAUCACCAACCUAGUACGAAUAUGGUUUCGCAAGCUGCUCUGUACUGACUCGAUAAUCUACUACUCGUUACCCAGCGAAGGCUGUUAUGAACUUCCCAUCUUCAAAGAUGUGGCUUGGUGGCCUAACAGUGGUAUGUGUGAUGGUCUUGUUGUUGGGUGGAGUUUAUGUGCGCAUGGGGCCGGUGACUACAGGAAAGAGGACCAUUCACAGGUCAAGAUUUUUGAGAAUCAAGGGUUACCAACAGCUACAUUCACCAGGAGGCUCACAGAAUGACAAGGGACUGCUGUCUGCCAUUGCAACACAUUGGAAGUCUUCCAGCGACGCUCGAAACCUGUCAGUAAAGGAGCAAGCUGUCUCAACACGUAAGAUGAAAGAAAGUGCAGGAAACAUGAGCAAAGAAGCACAAAGAACAACCGAUAAAGAACGAAAUCAAGGCCGGACGGUAACAAGGGAUCAGAAUUUAAAAGGUCGAGAGGGACAAUCGAAGACAACAAGUAGUCAGACUGUAAGACGACAAAAGAUGUCAUUAGUGGGUCAGAAAGAAGAGCAAGCAGUUAGAAAGGAAAAUGAAAGGCAAACAACACACACAACACAGAAAACUAAACUGCAACUAACGCAGGUAAAUCAUCGUCCUGUUGCUACGAAAAAGAGCGUGUCUAAGCUUUCUCUUUGUCCGAAGAAACCUCCCGAUUUAGUUGGUAGCUUGUUCAUCAACGCAUAUGCCAAAGUGAACCUUGACGAAGUAAAGAAGAAAAACCCAGGAGUAACAUUUGGAGGUUUCUAUACACCUCCAGACUGUCAACCACGAGAUAGGGUUGCUAUUGUUAUUCCAUUUCGAGACAGAGAGGAACACUUGAAGGUUUUUCAACACUACAUGAUACCGGUAUUUCGUCGUCAACUUAUCCAGUUCAAGAUCUAUGUUAUCGAGCAGGCCGGCAACUGUGACUUCAAUCGAGGCAUGCUUCUCAAUAUCGGUGUACUAGAGGCGGCUAAAGAUGGUGACUGGCAGUGCUUUUGUCUUCACGAUGUUGACUUAAUCUUGGAAAACGAUCGCAACCUUUACACGUGUCCCGAGAGGCCAAAGCAUUUGUCGGUUGCAGUUGAUAAAUUUAAUUAUCGUUUGUUGUAUUCGACUCUUUUUGGAGGAAUCACGAUUUUAACUAAAGAACAAUAUUGGAAAAUCAACGGUUACUCGAAUAAGUACUGGGGAUGGGGAGGGGAAGACGACGAUUUAUACAAGAGAGUGGUGAAUAAUGGCAUGACGAUAAUGCGACCAGAUGCGGCUGUUGCUCGUUACAAGAUGGUUAGAGGCACACAUCACAAAACGAGCAAAAUAAAUCCUGCCAGGUUCAGUUUACUAUCGACAGCAACACACAGAAUGAAAGAGGAUGGUCUGAACAGCGUAUCAUAUAAGGUAACUGGUCGGAAAGAGUACCAGUUAUAUACCAAAAUUACUGUUGCUUUAAAUGGUCAUGUAAAUUGCUGAUCCUUCUUCUAUUUGCAUCAAUGGUUCGAUUGAAGAAGUAAUGACAAUAUCAUCAUUAUCCAUGUACAGUGUACAUGCGCAACAUGUGUACAGCUAGCUAAUACUUUGUUACAUUUGGCUACAAAAGUUGUAGCAAUUCUUUAGCAAUUUCUUUACACAUGGUCAUCACGUGAUCGA